AUGUCUUCUUCAAAUGAAUCGAAGACGCAGUCAAACUGUUACAAUAUUUGCACUCAGUGUCAACUUCCGUGGGGAGUGAGGAAAGAGCGACAGACAUUUCCAUCUGGAAUAAAUAUCGAUAUUGAAGCAAAGCCUGGUGAGUUUAUACUGAGAACUCUAUUCGCUGAAUUUACCGUUCAAGCUGAACGAAAAAUUGAUUUGGUGUUGGCUGAAUCGUUAGAAAGACCUCUGUCAAAAUCUUUACAGAGAGGAGAGGACGCAUUAUUCGAUCAACUUCUGAGCGCAUUUGGUUCUGUUGCCGAACACUGCUUGCCAUCUCUGCUCCGCACACUGUAUGCUUGGUAUGAUCGUCAAGGUGUUGAUUCUUCUUCAUCUCAGGAUUUCAAGUUAAAAGUAGAAUCUAAGAGUAAAAGUGACAUUCAAGAGAAAACAGAGAAAGAUCAUCUGCAGGAAAGACGUGAUCUUGCUGUAGAAUUCAUCUUUUGUUUAGUCCUGAUUGAAGUGUUAAAGCAGCUUUCUGUACAUCCAGGACAUGAUGACUUAGUGAAUUAUAUUGAAAAUUUAGCAUUUAAACAUUUUAGAUUCAGGGAAGGUGCUCAAACUGGUCCAAAUGCUCAAAAUGUUAAUAUUAUUGCUGAUUUAUAUGCUGAGGUCAUUGGUGUCUUGGCACAAUCUCGUUUUCAGUCUGUGCGCAAACGCUUUGUUGCAGAAUUGAAGGAGCUUCGGUGUAAGGAACCUAACCCGAUUACUACUCAAAGUAUUAUAAGCUUGUUAAUGGGUAUGAAAUUUUUCCGAGUCAAAAUGGUUCCUAUCGAAGAAUUUGAAGCAUCUUUUCAGUUUAUGCAAGAAUGUGCUACAUAUUUCUUAGAGGUCAAAGAUAAAGAUAUCAAGCAUGCAUUGGCAGGACUUUUUGUUGAAAUUUUAGUACCUGUAGCUGCAACUGUGAAAAAUGAAGUAAAUGUACCGUGUUUGAAAACAUUUGUUGAAAUGUUGUAUUCUCAUACAUUAGAUCUGUGUACUAAAAAGAAACACAGUUUAGCACUUUUCCCAUUAGUUACUUGUUUAUUAUGUGUCAGUCAAAAACCAUUUUUCCUUCAAAAUUGGCAUUACUUCCUUGCUAUGUGUCUAUCUCAUCUUAAAAAUCGAGAUCCUAAGAUGUGCCGUGUAGCUCUUGAAUCCCUGUAUCGAUUGCUAUGGGUGUACAUGAUUCGAAUAAAAUGUGAAAGUAACACAGCUACUCAAAGUAGAUUGCAGAGCAUUGUUAACUCCUUGUUUCCCAAAGGCUCAAAAGCUAUCGUUCCGAGAGAUACACCAUUAAAUAUUUUUGUUAAAAUUAUACAGUUUGUUGCUCAAGAACGAUUAGAUUUUGCUAUGAAAGAAAUUGUGUUUGAUUUAUUAUCUGUCGGAAGGCCGAUAAAAAUUAUUCUUACCCCUGAGCGAAUGAGCAUUGCUUUGAGAGCAUUUUUAGUUGUAGCAGAUAGUUUGCAGCAAAAAGAAGGUGAUCCUCCUAUGCCUAGAACAGUUGGUGUGUUGCCGUCUGGGAAUACUUUGCGUGUGAAGAAAACAUUUUUAAAUAAAAUGCUGACGGAUGAGACAGCUCGAACAAUAGGAAUGUCCCAUUACUAUCCCUAUGUGAGGAAGGUUUUUGAUGAUAUUUUAAAAGCACUAGAUGUGCAAUUUGGACGACCCCUCAUGAUGACAACCGUGCAGAACAUAAAUAAGGAAAAAGACGACAUGAUUGCCGGUGAACGAAAGCCGAAAAUCGAUUUGUUUCGGACUUGCGUUGCGGCCGUUCCCAGAUUGAUUCCCGAUGGAAUGAGCCGUCACGAUCUGGUGGAUUUACUGUCGAGGCUAACCGUGCAUAUAGAUGAAGAGUUGCGAGCACUGGCUUUUCAAUCAUUGCAAAAUAUGACUUUAGAUUUUCCAGACUGGAGGGAAGAUGUCAUUUAUGGUUUUGUGCAGUUCAUGUUACGAGAAGUAAAUGACACAUUUCCUCAAUUAUUAGACAAUGCUCUUUGCAUGCUUUUACAGUUUCUUACAAACUGGAAAAAUUCGUUAUCAUCACAUUCUCAAAAUUCUCUCAAAAAGGAUUCCCGUGAACAAAAUAAAAUUGACCAUCUUUGUUCUGUACUGCAUCUGAUCGAAGCAGUGGCUCUAGUCAUGUUGUGUCACUGUCGGGUUUCGCAUCGAAGACUAGCUGUCCAUAUCUUAAAAGAAACAAAAUCACUCUUAAAAACACUUGUUCCCUCUUGUGAAGAAGAUUGUGUUACAGAAGCUAUAGAUCAAUGUUGUCCUUUGGUCGCCGAGAAAUGCUUGCCUCUUCUGCCGCCUGCAGAAAAAGCCGCUUUACUCUCUGCUUCACAUAUUGACCUACAGUGGUUAACUGAAAGAAACAGCUCAGCUUGGACAUCAGGUCUUCAUGACACAGGAGAAGGCUCAAAUAAGGCAUCAAGCAAUCUCGAAAUAUCCGAGAACUCUGGUUUAGAUCCGUGGUGUGUCUGUUUGUUAGGAUUUAUUGACAAUAGUAAUUUGUUGAAAAGGUGCCCCACCGCAGUAGCUCACUCUUGGCCCAUCGUUUAUUCCAGAAUUACGACACUCUUCAGCUAUCUGGACUUAAAUCCUGUCAGUGACAAUCGUGCUUCUCUGUUGAGGCCAACUGUUGUAAAGAAGGCAUUGAAUGAAAGGGAAAAUCAUUUAACGUUGUGGAGAAAUUAUUUGAUGUUUGCUUGUCGUUUAGCUCCUCCCAAUUGUGCUCCUCCUGCACAUUUUAUUGUCACUGAGCUAAGUCUUAGUUCAUCACCUGACAGCAUUAGUUCAGAAAGAUCGGACAGUAGAUCCCCUAACAAUGCUAGUGUUCAGGUCUCUAGCCUAUUCAAGCAAAUAACACCUUUGCUUAGGAGUGAACAAGCAGACAUGCGAGAUGCCAUUGUUUUUGGUUUAUCUAAAGUUAACCACUUAGCAGUAAAAGAUCUAAUGGAGGAAUUAGUUGUUUAUAUAAGGGAAGCUAUCGAUCGAAAGCAAGAGAAUGUGAGGCGAAGAAGACGCCGUGAUGUACUCAGAGUGCAACUUGCUCGAGUCUUAGAACUAAUUGCUGAACAGGGAACCUUUGGCAUAAGCAACAGUGUUUUAGAUAGAGAUGCAUCUUCUCUUAACACUACUUUUGUUGAAUAUAUUGAUGGUGCUCGGCUGUACCUUGAAACUGAAAAUGAUAAAGAUGUACCAAGCAUUGUUCAAGAAAUCAAACAACAUUUCUGUGGUUUCAUACACAAAUUAAUCAAAAGCUUUACUCUUGAAAAUAGGAAUAAUUUACUUGGAUGUGAUCUUAGAAGGAAUUUAUUUUAUCUUUUUGCAUCAUGGAGUGGAAAGUAUAGUUCACAUUUUGGAAUUGGUGACCGAAAGAGUUCCAAAGAGGAGCCUUGUUCUGACUUUGAAUUUUCAGCUCUACAAGCGAUGUCAGCUGUUUUAUGUUGUGGUCCAUGCUUUGAUCCACAAGGAAUUAGUGAAGAGGGUCCAUUUUAUGCCUGGUUAAAUUGUUUGCUGAAUUCCGAAUCUGAACGAAUAUAUCUUUUAGCACAAGAGACUGUUGUUCUGUUGUUAGAAUUCAAUUCAGAUUGUGGCAUGCUUUUAGACUGGCUUGUAGAUUGUUGUUAUACUGGUGAUAUUCAAAUGGCUGAUGGAUGUUUUAACGCUUUAGCGACCAUUUUUAGCGCCAGAGAAUAUCCUUGUGAUCACUAUAUGGCUAUCAUAAAUGUAACACUAUUGAAUACUGGCUGUCCCAGAAGUAGAAUUCAAGAAACAGCACUUCAGCUCUUGCAGAUUUUGGAUCAUCGAUUUUUCAGCUGUUCCACAUCUCUUUCUGUUGAUGGUGAAACUGAUGCUGUUAAUAAGAAUGUUUUACUGCGCAAAAAACUUCCUCAAAUUUGUGAUGUUCUUUUUUCGACAGGAUAUCCAUGUACACAAAUGCAGCUUUCUCAUCAUUUGGCCCAAUUGCAUCCUGAAUUAACUAUGCCAAUUUUCUCUGAAAUUACGUACAGACUUCAAACCGCUCGUCCACCCGUAAGACAAAAUUUGUUGCAGUAUGCAUUACCGUGGCUUUAUAAUAUGGAAUUAGUAGAUCCUAAUAUCACACAGUGUAGUCCAUUAGCCCAUUUAAGCCGAAUUCAAGAAUUUUGUUCCACAGAAACUUGUCAGAGUAUUUCCCUUGAUCGUAGAGAAGGUUGGGGUUCUGCCGAAGCAACUGAGAUGGUUUUAAACAAUCUGUUCUACAUUACAGCUAAAUUUGGUGACAGCCAUCCUCAAGAAAUUGAAGAAUUGUGGGCUUCAUUAUGUAAAUGUUGGCCAAAUAAUCUCAAAGUAAUUAUACGGUACUUGUUCAUUAUAACAGGUCUAGCGCCAAAUGAAUUACUUGUAUUUGCAAAACGUGUAGUGUUGUUCAUGGCAAAAGCAAGGCCAGAGAAACUGUUAGAUGAAAUGAUGGCUGAUAUGCAAACUGUUGAAACCCUUAAUUGCUUGAUUGAAAGAACAGAAACUCCUCCUUUCUUUCGUGUAACCAGCAUUCGUAAGGAAAGUAGCCAUUCUGAUGAUGGUGGUUCAAGCUCACAGCCAGAUGCUCCUAGAACUGAAAUAACUCUAGAGCGUGGAACUCUGCACACCAAAAGACAUAGCACAGAAAGUGGUUGCGAAAAAGACAGCCAAAUUAGGAAAGAUACUUGCAGUGCAGAUACUGUUCAGGGUGUAUGCAGCAUUACUAAUACAUGCAAAGGAAAUCAUGCCCCAUCAUCUACUGGUGCAAGCGAUGAUGGGCAGAAUACUGUGAUUUCUUCUGUUGAAGAAGAAAAUUUCUUGUUACUUUGUCAUGUUGCAGAAGAUAAUGCAAAACCAGAGACUCCGCAGCCACAUCCCCUACCAAUGCCUGAAUUUGGAGGUUACUAUGCACCUUUAACUGAAUUUCUCCCUGAUAGCUCUCAACCUGUCACUGGUUUUCAUCGUUGUAAUUUAGCAGUUAUGUUAUUAGCUGAUGUAAUUGAUGGCAUCAACAUUGAUUGGACACCCCAUGUGCCUUUGAUGUUGCAUGUAAUAUUUUUAGGAUUAGAUCAUACUCGCCCGUUAGUUCAUUUGCAUUGCAAAACCCUUUUACUGAAAUUAUUAAUUGUUCUGGCUAAGCAUGAAGAUCAUUUAGGCAUAGCAAAGAUUUUGUUGAGCAAUAAAACUCAAGAGUUAGGAUAUGGUCUACCUGCACAAGCACUGGUUGCUAGAAUGAAUUUCACUGAGCAAAACCUGCUUGAAGAAAUUGAAAAGAAAGAGCUUGUUAAACAUACUUCAAUUGAUGAAACUGAAUCUACAUCAAGUAGAGAACAUGAUAGUAGUUCCUGUGAAACACUUGCUAAUGAAGAAGCCAUAAUAACACAGGCAUUGGAAACAAAUAAAAUAGCAUCUGAUGUUGAAGGUACUGUAAAAUCUCUCAUAGAUUUUCUAGCAUCAAAGAAAGGUAGUGCAUUGUGGAGCUAUGAAGAUAUUACUGCAAAAGUUUGGUCGGUCAAAAGUGCUGAACAGCUGACAACAUUUUUACAAAAUGUAUUGUUUGUGUUCAAAGAAUCAGUUCCUUCUGCUCAUAUUCAAGAUCGUUGGGCUCAAAUAGCUUUGCAGUUAGCUUUGUCUUGCUCAUCACGUCAUUAUGCUGGGCGUUCACUUCAAAUAUUUAGAGCAUUGAAAGUACCUCUUAAUGCCAGAAUGCUUUCUGAUAUAUUGUCUCGUCUUGUAGAAACCGUUACUGAACAAGGCGAAGAUAUGCAAGGCUAUGUAACAGAACUAAUGCUAACCCUUGAAGAAGCAAUUGAUUCAUUAGAUUCAGCUUUUAAAAUUAGUGAUAUAAUGCGAGAUUUCUUUAAGUCAACCCCGAAUCUAAAUAAAGAAAGUAAUAGAAAAAGUGCUCCACCUAUAACUAUUUCUCACUCGGGGCAUUCAUGUGGCUCUAGCAAUCCUCUUCCAAUGGCAAUAAAUCAUCAAAGAAGCACCUCGUAUUCAGGGAAAAAAUAUCCUGAUUCACCAACACUUGAAGUGAGAGACAUUCGUCAUCGCAGCAACACAGAUAUUGAUGUUCGACUGAAGUCAAAUAACCUCGGUCGAUCUAGAAGUGCUCAGUCAUUGAAAAUGGCUGAUGAACAGUUUUCUCAAGAAGAUAGAACAACCCUUUUAGCUCAGUUUUUUUGGAUCGCUGUAUCACUUUUAGAAUCUGAUUACGAAUACGAAUUUCUACUAGCUCUAAGGCUUCUUGAGAAAGUGUUGACCAAAUUACCUUUGGAAAGAACCGACUAUCAAGAAAAACUGGAAAAAAUUCAAAUGCAGUUGAAGUGGUCUAAUUUUCCUGGAGUUCAUGCUUUACUUUUAAAAGGUUGUGCAUCACCUAAUACAUUUGAUCCAACCACAAAAAUUUUAACACAGUUUACUUCAUUGUUAGACAUUCCAGUUGUGGAUCCUUCUGAGUCUUUAGCUUUUCCUUUCCAUGUGAUGGCCCUUUUACCAUAUUUAUUACUGAAUUACGAUGAUCCCAGUACUCUCUGCAUCAAAAGUGCUGAAAAUAUCGCUCAAGUUUGCAUGGAAAAAUCCAAAAAGUUGGAAAAUUUGGCUACUGUUAUGAUGUUGUAUAGUCGACGUUCAUUUAGUAAGGAAAGUUUUCAGUGGACUAAGUGUGUCGUUAAAUAUUUAUAUGAUGCUUACUGUCACGUGUUUUUGAAUUUAAUAACUUUCUUAGUUGAAAUUUUAGAGAAAGGGCCACAAAAUCUUAUUCCUCAUGUUCUUGGAAUUUUGUAUUGUGUUUUACACUAUUUAGAUGUUACGACUUCAGCUCAAACAAUAAAUGCUGAUUUAUUAAGGGUAAUAUCUAGAUAUAUUGAGGGACCUCAGUGGAAAGAUGCUCUAAAAAUAUUAAAAUUAGUGGUAACUCGUUCCUCAACACUUGCUGCUCCUCCUGCGCCUUUCAGCAUUGGAACUUCUGCAAUAGACAGUGUGAGCAUAGCUUCAAAUACUUCAUUUGCCGAUUCUGAGUUUGGUAGUAAGAGAGAAUUGCCAGGUAGAACAAUGGACUUUACAAUUGAUUUAUCCCUUACACCAAUAAUUGGACAAAGAUACCUGUUGAAAGAUAGUCCCAAAGACAGUGAGAAAGAAGGUUCUACAGCAUCUCCUCGCCGCAGUCUUUCUCAUAAUCAUUCCUUUACAGAAAAUGGUUCUGUUGGAUGGAAACGUCCAUGGUUAUCUCAAGCUCGUACUAGGGAGCAUUUAAUUGGAUUGCUCACAAGUUGUGGUCAACGAGUUGGUUUGCCUAAAAGCCCUUCAGUUAUAUUUAGUCAAAGUAGUGACAUAAUUGAACAUCAAUCUUCUAUGUGUAGCAGUACAGAAGAAAUUUCUGCCACAAAUAAUGAAUCUGCUGAGAGUAAGUUAGAAGAUAGCCAUCCAGAGCAUGCUCAGUUUGGAGUGUUUAAGGAUUUUGAUUUCUUGGAGUAUGAAUUGGAAAGUCAAGAAGGUGAGAGCAUGGAUAAUUUCAACUGGGGCGUUCGUCGGCGCUCGCUGUCAAACUAUGAUGGCAGUGCUGAUGAUAUAUCAAAACCUAAGCUUAGUCUGAACACCAGUAAUUCAACUUUAAGUCCUAGGAAGGAAGAAUCCUCAGAUGAUGAGAUGGGUAGUGUCUCCCCACUUGAUGAUGUUCAUCCAGAUAUGCCAAGCAGUAGCAGUGGAUAUGCUUUCCCUCCAAGUUCGCUGCCUUUAUCUGAUCACAGAAGAAGGCCUAUUAGUCCUGCUUCGGGUUCAACUCACAGCCUUGCUAGUGAUGGGGAUUUAACUUUAAGUAAUACUUCACCAAGUUUCUCUCCAUUUGUUGGUAUUCAUUUGCCAGCAGGAUCUGAAGACGUUGAUGACUUAUGGAGAUCCCAUGUUCGUGAACUUAUGGCUGAUGCUACAGGUAAUGUCGCAGCGAAUACAUAUCAGACUCUGUCUCGUCUAUUCAAAGAGGUAUUUAGAAGAGUUACAAGAUUAACACGUGAAUGCUGUCAAUUGAUUUCACAAAUGGAUGCAUUCAGAAGAGUAGCAUCUCAUUUCCUAACUAUGCUUGACUGCCAAGUAGAAUGUCCAUUUAUUUAUAUUGAUCCUGAAAUAAUGCUACAUCUUGAAAGACACAAAUUUUGUGUUCUAGAGAUACAGGAGCAUUGGGAGACCUUUUUGGAGAAACAAGAACACACCAUGGAGUGCAUGGAUAGCCUAAGAUCUGCAUUUAAAUUGGAACAGCUUGGUGAAACCAUUCCAGAAGGAACCAUUGAAGAACACAGGAUUGAUCUUUGUAGAUGCUUGUAUAAACUUCAUUUUCAGCUGUUGCUUUUAUUGGAAAGCUAUGCUAAACUUUUGCAGCAUCUCUCUGCUGGUGUGCAACAAGCACAUAUAGUUGAUUUAUCCCAAGACAUUACAUCAGUAAAGAAUGAAGUUGUCAGAGCUGUUGAAGAUACUGAAAGUGACAGAUUGUCGCCAUCAGAGCAGCCUGAUGUAUCUGACCUUUCCAAUCAAGAAGCUGAAACCAUUCUUGUAGAACUGAUUCAUACUAGAAAAUGGGGAAAGGCCAUCCGACAUUUACAUUGCUAUCGUAGCAUAUUUCCUGGUUCUAUUUUUGGCAACACUGAAGAAGAUGAUGUAGAUGUAAUCCUUGGUAUUUAUGCAAAGCAUUUAUGUGAAAAUAGAACCGGUUAUUUUAUGAUGUCACAAGAAGAACAUGACAUUGGGGAUGUGUGUAGGCAGCUCAUGGAUAUUAGUCUUCAGCUUUCUUCCGUUCUGCAUGGUUUAGAACAUGCUCAUCAGGAAAGAAGCCAAGAUUCUUCUUUUCGUAGAUCAGAAUGUUAACUCAUUAUGUGAUUAUGUCUUUUAAAAACAUGCAAUCAAGUGAAACAAUCAGAUCAGGAAUAUUCAAAAGCAUUAUGAUUAUAUGGAGUAUCAAGAUGAUCAAAAUAGUUAAUCUUUAAAUUUGCUUUAAAAAUUAAAUUAACUUCUACCUAGCUAUUCAUAUGCCAUCAGUUUACUCUGCAUGAGCAUAAGUAAAUUAUCUAGAAUAAUAAAAUUAAUUGCAUUAAUAGCCAUUAAAACAAAAUAGAUUUUGGUUAUCACAAUCAGCAUUCUAAUAAGGGCAUAUAAUAUUAGGGCAUAUUUUAAUGUUAAAUUAAUUUUCAACAAUGAUUUACAAAGCCAGUGUAGUAAUGUUAAUGAAACAAGGGUCAGUACAGUAGAUUAUUUAAUGUACAUAUUAGAAAGUAAGCACAUAUUCUGGUGUUAAUCUCUUCGAUAGUUUUAUUUCUCAAAUUGCUUUAAUUUUAUGUGUAUAUAAUGUAGAUGUUAUUGUAAUUGUGAUACAUAUAAGUAUUAUGUAUAGUUGUGCAAACAUUAUUAGACAAAGUUAUCCAGAAGAAUUUUGUUUUGUAUAGAUAAAUACGGAUGCAUUUCAAUUCAUUGUUUUAUAAUUUAUUUAUUCACUUGUGGUGAAAUAAAUUGUUUAUGUUUAA